AUGGGACACCUGCUUCACGAACUGACUUCGGCUAUGAACUUGAUAGCCGUAUACGAUCCGGUGAGACCGUUUGAACUCACCUAUGGGCUUGUGGCCGCCGAUGGUAGGGUUCCAAGUUCAAUGGGCGGCUGCCCAAUGCCCGAUGCUACCGUGAAUCACGGAGAAAGCGGGUCCCUAGCGCAUGCCGGACCGAGCUUCCCCGCCAUCCUCCACCACAUGUCCCUCACUAUCUGCAAGCAUCCUGACCCCUCGUCGAUCGCUGCACUCUUCCGCCCGAAAGUCGUUGCGCUAGUCUCCCGAUUUGGAGUUACUUCAACCCCUCAGACGCAACGUGAUGUCGAGAAUAACGGGUGGUACGAGUGGAGCCUCUCGAGCCUGGAUAUGGUUGCCGACAGGCUUGUCGCUCUGAGCCUCCUGUUGCGUUUAGUACACGCUCAUCCCACCGGAGCGUAUGUUAUUUCUGGCAGGUCAUCAGCAGUGCGAGAACGCAUCAGCGUCAACGAAGGAUGGAAAUUCUCACGCUUCACCUCCAAUCCGGACGGGCUCUCGUAUAACGAAACUCUGAAGCCAUGGAUUCUCCCAGUAGCCAAUGAGUUCAUCAUCGAUGGGACUCAACAUGAGCGUCCUAACGAAACUGCUCCUGGUCAAGAUGUCGAGUACACCCAAGCUUCAUUCGACGAUGGUGCGUGGGAAGCAGUCAAUCUACCCCACGACUGGGCCAUCAAGGGGCCUUUCAAUGCCCCUGGUAUCAGUGGCGGCAUGGGUCGCCUCCCAUCGGAUGGCGUUGGCUGGUAUCGCCGUACGCUGACGUUUUCGUCAAGCGAUGUUGGCAAGUCUAUCUUCUUAGACAUUGACGGAGCCAUGUCCUACUCGGCUGUCUGGCUCAAUGGCGAUCUCGUCGGCGGAUGGCCCUACGGAUACGCCUCAUUCCGGCUUGACCUGACACCCUACAUUAAAACAGAAGGGGAAAACCAGCUUGCUAUUCGCUUGGACAAUGCAGUUGAUUCGUCACGUUGGUAUCCGGGAGCUGGAUUAUACCGUAAUGUUUGGCUAGUCAAGGCCGAUCCCGUACACGUGGGCAAGUUUGGAACGCGAAUCACUACUCCGUCUGUGUCAGCAGAAGAAGCGACAGUGAAACUUAUCGUAGACGUCGAGAACAAGGCCGCGUCUGAUCAGGAGAUCUUUGUCGAGACUGAAAUAAAGUCUCCAGAAGGCAUAGUGGUCGGCAAUUUCGAGAGAACGUCGGUGAACGUUGCGUCGGGUGAAAAGCAGCAGGCAACCGGCACACUGACAAUCGAGAAUCCAUCACUCUGGGGGCCACCUCCAACCCAGACGCCAAACCUCUAUGUAGCUGUGACCACUCUACUCACGAGCGACGGCACAGUUAUCGACCAAUAUGAGUCAACUUUCGGUAUCCGGUCGAUCACUUAUGAUGGUGAACGGGGUGUCCUUGUCAAUGGCGAGAAAGUGUACGUCCGAGGAACAGAUAAUCAUCACGACCUUGGCAGUCUCGGCGCAGCGUUCAACAACCGAGCCGCUGAGAGACAGCUCGAGAUGCUACUCGAAAUGGGUGGAAAUGCCCUUCGAAUGUCCCAUAACCCACCAGCGCCCGAGCUACUCGAUCUCGCUGACCGCAUGGGCUUCUUGGUUAUCGACGAGGCUUUUGACAUGUGGAACGAAGAGAAGGUCACAAAUGACUACCACUUGCUAUUCCCCGAUUGGCACGAGCCGGACCUGCGGUCUUUCCUUCGAAGGGACUUCAAUCACCCUUCUGUGAUCUCAUGGAGUAUUGGGAAUGAGAUCCCUGAACAGAGGACGGCUGCUGGCGCAGCGACAGGCAAGAUUUUAUACGAUAUAGUGCAUGAAGAGGAUGGGACGCGGCCUGUCACAUCGGCCUUGAACAAUGGGCAACCUGGUGAUGGACUGGUGGGCCUUAUGGAUAUCCAGAGUCUUAAUUAUCAGGGCGAGGGUCGCGGAAACUCGUGGGACAGUUCAUUCCCCGAGUUUCACAGCGCUUACCCAGACAAGCUUAUCUGGACGAGUGAGAGUGCAUCGACUCUCAGCACCCGAGGCACCUAUAUCUUCCCAGUCGUGGGGAACAUGAGCCAGGUCGUGAGCGAUGCACCAGGCGCCGGUGGCAAUUCUACUUCGCUAGAAGUCAGUGCAUACGAGUUGUACGCACCGUCCUGGGCUUCAUCUCCUGACAAGGUGUUCAAACAGCAAGAUCUGCACCCCUAUGUUGCCGGCGAAUUCGUUUGGACUGGAUGGGAUUACCUUGGAGAGCCCACGCCAUACGACGACUUCGAGGCGGCGCGCAGCUCCUACUUCGGCAUCAUCGAUCUGGCUGGAUUCAAGAAGGAUAGAUUCUACUUGUAUCAGUCGCGCUGGCGAUCCGACCUGCAGUUCGCCCACAUCCUCCCUCAUUGGAGCUGGCCGUCUGAUCGCGUAGGCGAGGUCACCCCUGUCCAUGUGUUCACAUCCGCCGACGAGGCAGAACUGUUCGUGAAUGGCGAAUCGGCUGGCAGGCUCGUUAAGGAGGAGCUUACUUAUCGCUUCCGCUGGGACAACGUCACAUACUCUCCAGGCGACCUUCGCGUCGUCACGUAUAAGAACGGAGCUGUUUGGGCCGAGGCUACAAAGAAGACUGUUGGGGAUGCUGCAGCCUUGAACAUGACAGCGGACCGGGACACCAUCUCGGCCGACGGGUAUGACUUGUCUUUUAUCACUGUUGCGGUCGUCGACGCCACUGGGGAUACUGUACCAUAUGCAAGCAACAGCAUUACCUUCUCGAUCUCGGGACCAGGUGAGAUAGUAUCGACAGACAACGGCAGUCCGAUUGACCAAACACCAUUUCCGUCCCUCACGCGCAACGCAUUCAGCGGCCUAGCUCUUGCUAUCGUUCGUACUCGUGCUGGGGAGCAAGGCGUAAUUACCGUGUCGGCUACGGCGGACGGACUAGCGGGUGGUGAGGUGGUCAUUGAGGCAGUUUGA